CGACGCGGGAAGUCCGGACGCCGUAGCGUCUUGAAGAGGAGGCCCGCGGCAGAGGCGCUGGCCCCGGCAGCGGCGAUGGCAGAAAGGCCAGAGGACCUAAAUCUGCCCAACGCCGUCAUCACCAGGAUCAUCAAGGAGGCGCUCCCGGACGGCGUCAAUAUCUCCAAGGAGGCCCGGAGCGCCAUCUCCCGCGCCGCGAGCGUCUUCGUGCUGUAUGCCACGUCCUGUGCCAACAACUUCGCAAUGAAAGGGAAGCGCAAGACACUGAAUGCUAGUGAUGUGCUCUCGGCCAUGGAAGAGAUGGAGUUUCAGCGGUUCGUUACUCCACUGAAAGAGGCUCUGGAAGCAUACAGGCGGGAGCAGAAAGGCAAGAAGGAAGCUUCAGAGCAAAAGAAAAAGGACAAAGACAAAAAAACAGAUUCAGAAGAACAAGACAAGAGCAGGGAUGAGGACAAUGAUGAAGAUGAAGAAAGGCUGGAAGAAGAAGAACAAAAUGAGGAGGAGGAGGAGGUGGACAACUGAAUAGGAUGGGAAGACUGUGGCACCUUGGAAGGUGCACCACUCUGAAAUGUGGUACAUGUUUAUGUGAAACUUCUCCCUGCUCGGCAGAGUAGUCUUAGGCAGAAGUGCCUGAGAAGAUGGAAAUAAAACUGACUAGAAUUACCAUCAAAACCAUGGCUUCUUAGACUCAAAAGCAUCUGGGUAGCAGAAUCUUGUUUUGCUUAAUCAGUCUGAAGGCUACAACUUUUUGAUAAGAGGGAUUCUGAACAACUAAUUCAAUCAGCCAAUUUGAUCUCUCUUGUUUAGUUAUGUAUAUGGUUAGGCAGUUUUUGAUCCCCAGUUCCUUCCUCCCCCUACCCCUCAAGAAAGUAGUAACUUACAUCCUGCCUGCUGUGUUCCAGAUCACAGUCAGUCAAGGCUCAGGAAAAAUUCUGGGCUUCGAUCAUGAUCAGCCUGCAUUUGAUUGUACGAUAUUUGGCAAUACUAGCUUACUAAGAGUGAUGAGAGCGAUUUAGCUUUAGGAGACUACUAAAAAGCUGUGGGAGAAAAAUGAAGUCUGUUGGCUCUUCACUUGACAGUGAGUCUUGACAAACACAGUUGACUUAGAACCCUUUUUUGUUGCAUAUAGGUAUUCAACUUGUUGGGGUGGCUGCACUUUGGGCAUAUAUGGUUUUAAAUUAGUAGUGUCGAGUGUAAUUAGCCAAGCAAGAGUGCCAGUGUUUUAUUCUUACAAAACAGAUGGUUUAGUCUUAGAUGCACCUUACUGUCUGCCACUGUACAGCUUUAGGAUUUAUCUUCACCCCCCUGGAAGGUGUAAAAUUCCAGGCUUUCUAUUAUAAUCCAUCUCCCAGACUCGUGACCCGCUUUUCAUUCUUCAAUUCGUGACAAGUUCCAAACUUCAUAACCUCAUGGCACAACUUUUUCCCUCUGCUUCUCUCUUCCUGUCUGUCUGCCUGCCUCUCUGCUUUCUGUUCCCACUUUUUCUUCCCUCCUUUUCUCACUUAUGCCAAUGCAGGAACAUUGAUAACCUGCUUCAUAUAUAAAAGUGUAGGUUCCUCUGAUUUCCUUAGUUAUAAUCUCAUGCCUUUUAAAAAUGAUUCUGUAAAAGUCCUCUAAACGUUAAGGGAAAUCUGAUGGUGCUCAGGAAUCUAAUUCCCCCAAACCAUCCGUCCCCUUUAACUGCUUCUAAAGUAUCUCUGUUGGCCUUUCUUAGCCUUUUUCUUUUUCUUUUCAGUGCUUCAAGCACUUUUUGUCUCUAAGUUGAACACUUGGAGUUUGACAGUUAGUGAACUAUAAUUUGACACUGUUAACUUGUCAAAUGAAUACAGUAAAAAGUUUGUUGAUAAGUGAGUAGAGAAUCUUGAGAAAACUAUAAUGCGUUAUAUAAAUAAAGAACAUUCUUGUUAAAAGUGAUGGCUUCUGUUUCAUCCUGCUUGUUUAUAGUGUGCUUUUGGAGAGGAUGACCCACUGAUUAUGCUGCAUUCAAUUCAUGGGGUAUUAACUGAGCCAGACAUCUGUAAAUGCGAGGUCCUGCAUCACCUUGGAUGACCAGCAGAUGCUGCUCGUUCAUGGGCAAAGAAACUGUCCUUCAGCCACAGCAGAAACUCACUGACUGCUCUGCUGGGAUCCUAUACCAUACUAGAUUCUCAGCAACUCCAAACAUUUACUGAGCCUCUGCUGUGUGCCAGCACUGUUUUAAGUGCCUGCAAGUAUUAACUCUUAAAUCCUAUGAGGUAGCAUUGCUCUUAUCUCCAUUUUAGAGACUGUGGACAAGUUUAGAAAGGUGAGGGAACCAUCCCAUGUUUACGUAGCAUAAAAGGCAGAGCCGGGAUUUAAAACCUUUGUGUGACUCCAGAAGGAGCCCUGGUGGUGCAGUGGUUAAAUCUCUUGGCUGCUAACCAAAAGGUCUGCGGUUCUAACCCACCAGCCGCUCUUCAGGAGAAAGAUUACAGCCUUGGAAACCCUAUGGAGCAGUUCUUUUCUGUCCUAUAGGGUCACUAUGAGUCGGAACUGACUCGAUGGAAGAGGUUUUUGGUUUCGGUGUGACUCCAGAGUCUUCCCCUAGCUGCAAUGCUGUAUUACCUCACUAAUCUACAUUUUUCAAACCUUAAAUUUAUAAAAAAAGUUUCAUAAAGCUAUAUCCCCAACAGUCGUUAAGUCCAGUGGCUUUUUCCUUCUCCGCAGCA